GCCCUAGGCGUUUCGAGCUGGCCGUGCGCGGCACUGGUCCAAAGUUUGCCUUCGCAAAGGGCGGAUCGGUGGAAAGCAGCCCGUGGCACGACAUUUUUGAUGGCAAGUGCUGGCUACGCUACCACCCGAGCACCAGGCUCCAAUGCCAAGUUCAAGGUUGGGAUGUGCCAGACCCAUGUGAGUCACGAUAAAAAGGUAAGUUUGGCAAAUGUCAAGUCUGCAGUCGAGGAAGCAGUCAAGAAGGGUGCUGAGCUGGUCGUUCUCGGAGAGAUGUUCAGCUGCCCCUACGCCACGAAAUACUUCUUCGAGUACGGUGAACGACUUCCCCUCCCAGGGCAGCUGGCGAGCGACGCCAGCCCCAGCGUGAAGUUGCUCUGCGAGCUGGCUCGUGAGCACAAAGUGUGGAUCGUUGGUGGCUCACUGCCUGAGCUGGAGGGAGACAAGGUCUACAACACCUGUCUAGUGAUGAACCCUGAGGGUGGCAUCGUGGCGAAGCAUCGUAAGGUGCACCUCUUCGACAUCGAUGUGGCUGCCACGGCCACUAGGCCCGCGAUCAAAUUCAAGGAGUCCGACGUGCUGUCUGUGGGUGAAACGAUGACGCUGGUGGAUCUUCCCUGGUGUCGGAUGGGUGUAGGCAUCUGCUACGACAGCCGCUUCCCUGAGCUGGCGCUGGCGAUGCGCGCGGAAGGUGCUAAGGUCUUGGUCUAUCCCGGCGCCUUCAACAUGACCACUGGCCCGGCACAUUACCAGAUCCUGGCACGCGGCAGGGCGGUGGAUACCCAGUCCUACGUGAUCUUCACCUCCCCUGCCAGAAGUGAAGACAAGAAUGACUACCAGGCCUGGGGUCACUCGCAGUUGAUCAGCCCAUGGGCGGAAGUCCUCUUUGAGGCAGAACAUCAGCAGGGUGUCUUUGUGGUGGAGGUGGACCCCUCCGAGGCGGACCGCAUCCGUGAACAGGUUCCAACUUCUUAUCAGAAACGUGGCGACCUCUAUGCGCCCUAUGCGCAGUUGGAGGAUGCCAUUGCCAAGAGAAGACGCUCUGAGAACGAGAGCAGCUUGUCUUUGGCAUAUCCACAGCAGACCACCAAAAUUCCUAAACUCAGCACCUUCGGCCCUCCACAGUUCGUUUUCCAGCGUCCUCGCACGAGCGGCGAGCCAUGGAAAAAAAAGAAGGGCCGACCCGCCGGGGGUCUUCUGAAG